GAUAAUUUCCGAUGUCUAACUCAAUUAGCUAUGAAAAAAGCAUUUGAUAAAAAAACCAUUCAACAAUAUCCAUACUUACGUGUAGGCCAGCAAGUUUGUAAUUCUCAUUAUAUGAUUAUUGUUGAAAAUAGAUAUACCGAAUAUAAAAGUGCAUCUGUUCCAAAUUCAUCGACUAAAUUGUCAUUUGAGAUAAGAGAACUAAUUGAUGAACAGAAUGAUACGGAUGAGACUGAUCUGGACAAAGAGGAUGACAGUCAACUAGAAAUUGAUAGAGAUUUGGAAUUAGACUUACAAAAUAAAAUUAGCGAAAUGAACAAUUAG